AUGUUCCCCACCAUGCACAGCCUAUGGGUCAAGCUCAGGCUGCUCAUACAGCUACUGCAGUGCUACCACUGUCAAGUCAACAAGUUGUGUGCGGAGUGGGAGAGUUCAAACUUGCUCUGUGGUGAGUUCUACAAAAGAGCAAAGGGGGUCAAAACGACAGCCUGGGAUGCUCUAAGGGUUGAGUGGGGGAAUUGGAAGUUCAUUGCCGAGGAGCACCAGCAUUACCUGGACACUGCCUCAUUCUGGAAUGCAUUCAGUGAUGGAAAUGGCAAGAGGUUUUUGUAUCAGCAAAUCCUUAAUGGCAUCGCAGAGCAGCGGACUUCAGCAGCAGCUCAAGAUGCAAAUAAUGCACACACAUUUUUUGGUGGAAAUCUUGACCAUCCAUUGGCUCAGGGUUCAUUCCACUAUGCCAAGGGUAGCAAGACAUAUCUAUUGAGCAAGGAUGAUGCCGUUGCAAAGAAGUGGCGUAAAAUUCUCACGACAUGGCCAGACAUCUCACUGAGUGCUACUACUAGCAGUGCUUUAACUGUUCAAUCCUCCUCUCAGUAG